AUGGCCAGUCCGGCCGACCCCGUGCCGCCGGUGGCCAUCAUCGGCCUGGGCGGCCGGUUCCCCGGCGAGGCCACCGAUCCGCUGAAGCUGUACGACAUGUGUGCCGCGGGCGCCGACGCAUGGACGGAGGUGCCGGCGUCCCGGUUCAACCACGCGGCCUUUUACCACCCGGACCAGGCCCGCAACGGCGCCACCAACGUCACGGGCGGCUUCUAUCUGCGCGACGACGUGGCCUUUUUCGACGCGCCGUUUUUCGGCAUCACACAGACCGAGGCGGCGUCGCUCGACCCACAACAGCGGCUGCUGCUCGAGUGCAGCUACGAGGCGCUGGAAAACGCGGGCCUGGCGCUGGCGGACGUGGCAGGCUCGGACAUGGGCGUGUUUGUGGGGUCCUUCUGCUUCGACUGGGCCAAGAUGACGCUGCGCGACCCGGACGCCAUCCCGCUGUACCACGCGACGGGCACGGGGCAGGCGAUGCUGGCGAACCGGCUGUCGUACUUUUUCAACCUGCACGGGCCGUCGGUGACGCUCGACACGGCCUGCUCGUCGAGCCUGGUGGCCCUGCACCAGGCCUGCCAGGCGCUGCGCGCCGGCGAGUGCAGCACGGCGCUGGUGGCCGGCGUCAACUGCGCGCUGUGCCACGACUCGCUGGCGUCCAUGAGCAGCAUGGGCUUCCUGUCGGCGGCGGGCCGCAGCUUCACGUACGACCGCCGCGCCGCGGGCUACGGCCGCGGCGAGGGCGUGGCGGCGCUGGUGCUGCGGCGCGUCGACGCGGCCGUCGCGGCCGGCAACAGCGUGCGCGCCGUCGUGCGCAACACGGGCGUCAACCAGGACGGGCGCACGCCGGGCAUCACGUUCCCGAGCGGCGCGGCCCAGGCGGCCCUGAUCCGGCGCGUCUACGCGCAGGCGGGGCUGGACCUGGCCGACACGUCGUACGUCGAGGCGCACGGCACGGGCACGCAGGCCGGCGACCCCAUUGAGGCGCGCGCGCUCGCCGAGACGUUUGGCGCGGUGCGCAGAGACGGGCCCGGGCCCCUCGUGGUCGGCUGCAUCAAGACCAACAUUGGCCACCUCGAGGGCGCGAGCGGCGCCGCGGGGCUCAUCAAGACGGUGCUGAUGCUCGAGCGCGAGACGCUGCUGCCCAACUGCGACUUCCGCGAGGCCAACGACAAGAUCCCGCUGGCCGACUGGCACUUGACGGUGCCGACGCGCGUGCAGGCGUGGCGCGACGCGCUGGGGACGGGGACGACGUCGACGUCGACGACCACAGGGACCACAGGGACGCCGGCGGUCCUCCGCGCCUCCAUCAACGGCUUCGGCUACGGCGGCACCAACGCGCACGUCAUUGUCGAGAGCGCGGCCGACUUUUUGCGCGCACGCGGCAUCGACGGCGGACGCUACGCCUUUUCCCACGGCCGGCCGGCAACACGACACCUGCCGGACCCUCUUGUCCACGACCACGACCACGGCCACGGCCACGAACAUGACCGCCACAGCGCACUGGACGUGCCGGCCGACGCGCCCGACGCGCCCGACGCGCCCUCGCGGUCACCCUCGCCAUCGCCGACGCCGUCCUCGCCCGACUCCGACGGCACGCCCCCGACGACCAACGGCGCCGUGUCGCCCACGUCCGAGACGCACAAGCCCGACGACGCCGCGCUGCCCGUGCCCCAGCUGUUUGUGCUGUCGGCGCACGACGCGGCCGCCGGCAAGGCGCAGGCGGCGCAGCUGGCCGACUACCUCGCGUCAGAGUCCACGGCCGCCGUCGCGGCGGCCGACCCCCGCCUGCUGUCCGAUCUCGCCUACACCCUGAGCACGCGCCGCUCGGCGCUGCCGUGGAAGGCGGCCGUGGCGGCGGCGUCGGCGUCGCAGCUGGCGGCGGCGCUGCGCGACAGCAGCCUGCGCUUCCACCACACGCCAACGGCGCCAGCACAGGCCGCGCCGCGGGUGGGGUUUGUGUUUACGGGCCAGGGGGCGCAGUGGUUCGCCAUGGGCCGCGAGCUGGCGGCGACGAGCGCGGUGUUCCGGGCGUCGCUGGACCGCAGCGCGGCGAUCCUGGCGUCGUCGACGAUGCAGGCGGACUGGUCGCUGCACGACGAGCUGCUGCGGCGCGACGCGGCCACGACGCGCGUCAACGAGCCGGCCGUGAGCCAGCCGCUGUGCACGGUGCUGCAGGUCGCGCUGGUCGACCUGCUGCGGUCGUGGGGCGUCGCGCCGGCGGCCGUGGUCGGCCACUCGAGCGGCGAGAUUGGCGCGGCCUACGCGGCGGGCCUGCUGAGCCAGGAGGCGGCCGUGGCCGCCGCGUAUUUCCGCGUGCCGCUCGACUCGGCCGCCGCCGACGCGUGCCGCGGCGGCAUGGUGGCGCUGGCGUGCGACGAGGCGACGACGCGCGGGCUGCUCGCGGGCCUGCGCCGCGGCACGGCCGUCAUCGCCUGCUACAACAGCCCGCAGAGCUUCACGGUGUCGGGCGACGACGCCGCCAUCGAGGAGCUCGCGGCCGCCUGCACGGCCGCGGGCGUGCGCCACCGCACGCUCGUCGUCGGCUUCGCCUACCACUCGCACCGCAUGGCCGCGGCCGCCGAGGCGUACCGCGCGCUGCUGCAGGCCAACGAGACGGUCGUCGGCGCGUUUGCCGAGCCGGUCGUCGCCGCCGACAGCGCGCGCGCCGUCGAAAUGUACUCGUCCGUCACCGGCCGCAAGCUGCAGCCCGGCGCGCUGACGCUCGACUACUGGGUCGAGAACCUCGUGAGCCCCGUGCGCUUCACCGAGGCGCUGACGGCGCUGUGCUACGAGGCGCAGGCGGCGGCGGACACGGCUGCCGAGCCGCCCCGGGCAGCCAGAGCCCGCGUCGACGUGCUCGUCGAGGUCGGCCCGCACGCGGCGCUCGCCGGCCCCAUCCGCCAGAUCCUGCAGACGGAGGCGCCGCUCAGCAAGAUUGGCGUGCUGUCGAUGCUCCGCCGCGGCCAGGACGCCACCGCGACCGCGCAGCAGCUGGCCUGCGCGCUCGUCGAGCGCGGCGUCGCGGUCGACGUCGCGGCCGCCAACGCCGAUGCGCGGCGGGAAGGGUCGGCCUCGUCGACGGCGCUUCCCCUCGUCGACCUGCCGCCAUACCCCUGGAACCACAGCACCGCCUACUGGGCCGAGCCCCGCGACAGCAUCCGCUACCGCCAGCGCGCGCACGGCCGCCACGACCUGCUGGGCGCGCCCGUGCGCUUCGGCAGCCCGCUCGAGCCGCGCUGGCGCCAGUGGAUCCGCACGGCCGAGACGCCCUGGGUGCGCGACCACCGCGUGCAGGGGCUGGUCGUGUACCCGGCGGCCGGCUACAUUUCCAUGGCCAUUGAGGCGGUGCGGCAGGUGGCCACGGCGCAGGUGGCCGCGGCGGCCAUUGCCUCGUACGAGCUGCGGGACGUGUCGCUGGGCCAGGCGCUCAUUGUGCCCGAGGGCCGCGACGAGGUCGAGGCGCUCGUCAGCCUGCGGCCGCAGACGGAGAGCGCCAUGGACAGCUCGACGCACUGCCGCGGCCGCAUUGCGGUGCGGUGGGGGGUGGCGGAGGAGGCGGCGGACAAGGACGUUCUCGACAAGGACAGCGCCAGCGUGACCGACCACGCGGCGCUCGCGGCCGCGCGCGCCCGCCAAGACGCCGCACAGCGCCAGCGCACGCGCGAUGCGUGCACGCGCGACGUCGACACGGCGGCGCUCUACGACCACUGCACGGCCAUCGGCCUCGAGUACGGCCCCACAUUUGCCAACCUGACGGCGGCGCGGGCCGGCGCGGCCACGCCCGCGGACCCCACGCACUACAUUGCCGGCACCGUGGUGCUGCCCGACGUGGCCGCCGUCAUGCCGGCGCGCCACCACAGCCCGCUGGUCGUGCACCCGGGCACGCUGGACGCGUGCCUGCACGGCAUCAUGGCGUUCCGCGACCUGCUGCAGGCGGCCAUCAUGCCCGUCUUCUUUGCGCACAUCUCCAUCGACGCCGCCCUCGCGCGCGUGGCCGCCGGCGACGCCCUCAACGUGUAUCUGGGCGUCCAGCAGAGCGGCUUCCGCAACCUCGACAUCCACCUCACGGCGUACGGCGGGACGGACGCCGACGCGCCGCUGAUUCGCAUGGACGGCCUGCGCAUGACGUCACUGGCGGGAUCGAUGCCGUCGGGCGGCGGCGGUCACAACGGUCACAGCGGCAGCAGCGGCAACCCCCCCAAGACGUACUUCCAGGCCGAGUGGCGGCCCGACCCGGCGUUCCUGUCGUCGGCCCAGUUCGACGACCUCUGCGCCCACCUGAUGCCGGACGAGGCCGAGAGCGCCGCGCUGCGCCGCCUCGACCAGGGCGCGUUCUACAUGGCCGACGCGGCUGUGGCGCAGGUGCCGCCCGACGCCGUGCCCGCGCUGACGACCAAGGGCCGCAAGCUGUACGCGUCGCUGCGGCGGCAGCGCGACGCCGUGCUCGCGCUGCACGACGCGCUGCCCGGCGCCACGGCCAAGGCCGCGCCCGUGCACGCCGACGACAUUGCGUCGUGGCCCAACGCGUCGCCCGCCGAGCGCGCGGCGCUGCUCGACGCGCUGGCGGCGACGGGCGCCGAGGGCCGGCUGCUGGCGGCGGUGGCGGCGCGCAUGCACGAGAUUGUGCUGGGCACGGCGGACCCGCUGGAGGUGACGAUGCAGGGCGACGUGCUGGGGCAGUACUACGCGCACAACCCGCGCAUGGCGCGGCAGUACCAGCAGGCGGCCGUGUACGUGGACCUGCUGGCGCACAAGAACCCGCACAUGCGCAUCCUCGAGAUUGGCGCGGGCACCGGCGGCGCCACGCUGCCGCUGCUGCAUGCGCUGGGCGGCGGCGGGGACGGGGACGGCCGGAACACGCUGCCGCGCUUCGCGUCCUACGACGUCACCGACAUCAGCUCGGGCUUCUUCGAGGCCGUCCAGGCCAAGACGCAGCCGUGGGCGUCGCUGCUGCGCUUCCGCCGCCUCGACAUUGAGCGCGACCCCGUCGCGCAGGGCGUCGCCGCCGGCGCGUACGACCUCGUCGUCGCCGCCAACGUGCUGCACGCGACGCGCAACAUGGCCCGCACCGUGCGCCACGCGCGGCGGCUGCUGCGGCCCGGCGGCACGCUGCUGCUGAUUGAGCUGGUGCGCGUGCCCCAGCAGCGCGUGUCCACGGCCGCCGUCGGCAACAUCUUUGGCAUCUUUGACGGCUGGUGGGUCGCCGAGGAGCCGCACCGCCAGGACUCGCCGCUGCUGGCCGAGGCGCAGUGGGACGCCGUGCUCAAGGCGGAGGGCUUCUCGGGGCUCGACGCGGCCGUGUGGGAGACGCCGGACGUGGCGACGCACCAGGGGACGACGAUGAUUAGCACGGCGGUAUAUGUCGAUGGCGCCGAAGGCGGCAGCGACGUCAACGAGACGACGGAGACGGAGACGACGGGGACGGAGACGACGGAGGCGCCGGAGACGCCGGAGACGACCAACACCGUCACCGAGACAGAGCCCAACACCGACGCCCCCCCCGUGGCUCGCGUCCUUGGCCAAGGCCCUCGCCCUCGCCCUCCCCUCCCCCCCGGCACCGACGUCCCCGUGCACACCCUCGACGACCUGCCGCCCAUCACCGACCGCCACGUGUGCGUCGUCUACCAGACCGACCCGCAGACGCUGGGCCCGCAGACGCCCGCCAGCAUGGACAAGAUGCGCGCGCUGUUCCUGCGGCCGGCCGGCACGAGCGGCGGCCGCGUGCUGUGGCUGACGCGCGGCGCGUCCGACGGCGCGAGCGCGCCCGACUUUGCGCUCGUGCAGGGCCUGCUGCGCACGCUGCGCGUCGAGCUGGGCGGCCGCCUGGUGCACCUGGACUUGGACGUGGAUGUGGACACGGGGGCCUCGGCGGCCGAGCAAGACCCCUCCGUCCACACGGUGGCCCGCGUGUAUGCCAAGUCGUUUGGCCGCGCGACCGACAUUGCCACCGACGGCCGCCCCGCGGACGUCGAGCUGGAGCUGGCCGUCCGCGGCCGCCACGCGACGGUGCACAUCCCGCGCUACGACGAGGCCCGCGCGCCCUCGGACUACGUGGCCGCGCGCACGGGCCGGCGCAUCGCCGUGCCCGCGUCCCCGGUGCAGCCCGGCCGCCACCUGCAGCUCAUGGUGGGCCAGCCCGGCCUGCUGGACAGCCUCUACUUUGACGACGCGGACGCGGACGCGGACGCCGACCUGCCCGACGACCACGUCGAGAUCGCCGUGCGCGCCGCCGGCCUCAACUUCCACGACGUCAUGGUGGCCAUGGGCCAGAUCGAGACGCGCGCGCUCGGCCGCGAGUGCGCCGGCGUCGUGCGCCGCGUCGGCCGCGCCGUCACGGCGGUGCGCGUCGGCGACCGCGUGGCCGCGCCGGCCGACGGCACCUUUGCCACGACGGUGCGCUGCGCGGCGUGGCGCGCGCAGGUGCUGCCGGACAGCCUGUCGUUUGCGGCGGCGGCGGCGCUGCCCAUUGUGCUGUGCACGGCGCUGCACGCGGUGCGCAUCACGCAGCUGGCGGCGGGCGAGACGGUGCUGAUCCACGCGGCCUCGGGCGGGCUGGGCCAGGCGCUCGUGCAGCUCUGCCAGCAGCGCGGCGCCGUCGUCUACGCGACGGUCGGCACGCCGGCCAAGAAGCAGCUGCUGGUCGACCAGUACGGCCUGGACCCGGCGCACAUCUUCAGCAGCCGCGACGACGGGUUCGCCGACGCCGUGCGCCAGGCCACCGGCGGCGCCGGCGUCGACGUCGUCUUCAACGUGCUGGCCGGCGAGCUGCUGCGCGCGUCCUGGCGCUGCGUCGCCGCCUUUGGCCGCUUCGUCGAGCUCGGCAAGCGCGACCUCGGCCGCAACGGCCGCCUCGACAUGGCCCCCUUUGCCCGCAACGUCACCUUUGUCGCCGUCGACCUCGUCGCCCUGCUCGCCGCGCGCCCGCGCUACGGCGCCGCGCUCUGGGCCGACAGCAUGGACCUCGUGCGCGCGGGCGUCGCCCGCGCGCCCGCCCCGCUCACCGCCUACGCCUACGCCGACGCCGUCGCCGCCCUGCGCACGAUGCAGGCCGGCCGUCACGUGGGCAAGCUGGUGCUGGUGCCGGAGGCGACGGAGGCGACGGACGCGACCAAGACAGCUGUCGUGCUGACCGCCCCCGUCAUGUCGCCGCGCGUCCCCCCCGUGCGCCUGCGCGCCGACGCCAGCUACCUCCUCGUCGGCGGCCUCGGCGGCAUCGGCCGCGCCCUCGCCGCGCGCAUGGUCCACGCGCUCGGCGCGCGCCACCUCAUCCUCCUGUCGCGCGGCGACGUCGUCACCGACGUGGCCGCCGCCGCCGUCGCGGACCUGCGCGGCCGCGACGGCGGCGGCGCCCGCGUGCACGUGGCGUCCAACUGCGACGUGGGCCGCGGCGACCAGCUCGCGGCGGCGCUCGCGGCGGCGCAGGCGGCCGGCUUCCCGCCCGUGCGCGGCGUCGUGCACCUCGGCCUCGUCAUGGAGAGCGCCCUCUUCCAGGACAUGUCCAGCGCCGCCUGGAACCACUCGCUGUGGCCCAAGGUCGCCGGCACCUGGAACCUGCACCGCCAGCUGCCCCAGGCGCCCGGCGCGCUCGACUUUUUCGUGCUGCUGUCGUCCAUGGUCGGCACCAUUGGCAACCCCAGCCAGGCCGCCUACGGCGCCGCCUCCACCUUCCAGGACGCCUUUGCGCGCUACCGCCGCCGCCGCGGGCUGCCGGCCACCACGCUCGACCUCGGCAUGGUCACGGGCAUCGGCUACGUGGCCGAGCACGGCCAGGUGCAGCAGACGCUGCGCUCCCAGGGCUUUGAGGAGAUCAGCGGCGACGAGUGCCUCGCGCUCGUCGAGUCGGCCAUGCUGGGGGGUGACGAGGACGGGUUGGAGGCUGCCGGGACCGCCUGGUCCGCCAACUACGUCACCGGCCUCGGCCUCGGCCGCUACGCCGGCGGCGACCCCGCGCGCGCCAUCUACCAGGACCCGCGCUUCGCCAUGGCGCGCCGCAUGGCCCUUUACGCCGCCGCUGGUACCAAUGCCAAUGCCAAUGCCGAUGCCGAUGCCGACCCCGGUACGAAUGACACGCCCACGCGCUCCCUCCGCGAGGCCGUGCGCCAGGCCGCCUCCCUCGCCGACGUCGUCGCCCUCCUCGCCGCCGCCCUCCGCGCCAAAAUCACCGCCCUCCUCAUGCUCGCCGCCGAGGACGACCUCGACCCCCACAAGCCCCUCAGCCAGUACGGCCUCGACUCCCUCAUCGCCGUCGAGCUGCGCAACUGGGUCAGCAGCGAGAUGGAGGCCACCGUGCCCGUCCUCGAGUUCCUCGGCAGCCGCACCACCCAGUCGCUGAGCGGCUUCAUUGCCCGCCAGUCGCGGCUGGUCAAGAAGGAGUUGCUGGAGUGA